AACGACAUACACCAGACUUUAUCGAGCAUCAUCAAGUAUGGCGACGUCCGUGGUAGCGAAAGAUGUGAAUGUCUUUCUCAGCUCAAAGCAAAAUGUUCCUGACAAGGAACUGGCUGCGGAAUGGUUACAGCUCGAGGAACUGUACGGCAAAAGGCUUUGGCAUCAGCUGACACUCAAAUUAGAGACGUUUGUAAAACAUCCAGCACUCCAGCAGGGAGAUAAUCUUGUGCAAUUAUAUGUUAACUUUCUAUCGACCUUUGAGAACAAAAUAAAUCCAUUAUCGUUGGUAGAGAUACUAGCUCAUGUAAUACAACAGUUCCAAGAUAAGCAGGAAGCAAUUAAAUUCCUGGAGAAAACCGAGACUAAAGUUCAGAGUAACAAUGAGGCUGUCGCUCUCUGUAAAGUUCUCAAGGGGCAAAUUUUGUUGGAUAAAUUGAACAACCAAGAGGAAGCAAAAAAAAUCAUAGAGGAGGUGGAAACUAUGCUAGAUAAUGCUGAUGGCAUUACAACAGUUCACGGGCGUUUCUAUCUUCUAGCCAGCCGGCUAUAUAGAUUACAAGGCAAACAUGCAGAGUAUUAUCGUACAGCAUUGAGAUAUCUUGGAUGCAUCGAGCUAAACAGCUUGAGCAGGCAAGAGCAAGAACAACAUGCUUUCUUCCUCGGACUUGCGGCACUUCUAGGCGAAGGUGUUUAUAAUCUUGGAGAAUUACUUGCGCAUCCAGUUUUGGAAUCAUUGAGGGGUACAACAAACAGUUGGCUCGUUGAUCUGCUACAGGCUUUCAAUGCAGGCGAUAUCGUCGCGUUGGAAAGAUUAAAGCCACAGUGGAGCAAAGUGGCUGAUCUAGCUGCACAGGAGUUGAAAUUGAGACAGAAAAUUUCCUUGCUAUGCCUCAUGGAAAUGACUUUCAAGCGGCAAGCCAAUAAUCGACAGCUGACAUUUGCGGAAAUUUCUCACGAGACGCGCUUGCCUCUCGGUGAAGUGGAACUAUUGGUAAUGAAAGCUCUCGCCCAAGGUCUCGUGCGGGGUGCUAUAGAUCAAGUAGCAGGUACUGUUAACAUGACGUGGGUACAGCCGCGCGUAUUAGACCGUAGCCAAAUCGCAGGAAUGGUGCAACGCCUUGAUGGAUGGUGCAAGGAUGUUAGCUCAAUGGAGAAAUUGCUGGAAUCUAGAGCCUCGGAAAUUCUUACUCUUUAAAGAGUUUCUUCAGUUCGUUUUGGUUUCUUUGUAUCAGUGCUGAUUCAUGUGUACACACAUACACCACACAACGCAUGCAUACGUUACGAUUGUGAAAUCAAUUAACCUAUCGUCAGUGAAUAUAAAUAAAUAAUUAUUUCUUACA